AUGCCGCUCGUCCCAGGCCAGCAGGUCGAGGCCCUCUGGCCGGAAGACGGCGAGUGGUACAACGCUGUUGUAAGAGCAGUAACAAAUAAGGGCAUCGAGCUCGAUUACGAAGAUGGAGAUUUCCGAGCCGAUGCAACAGAAGCGGAGAUAAGAGUGAAAGAGCCGGCUGAGGAAGAGAGCAGCAUGGCCGACCUGCUGGACGGCAUCCUCGACGCGCCGGACCCGGAACCGGAGCCGGGGAUUGAAGUGUCCAACGAGAUGGCGCACCUCGAUGCUGAAUUAGAUGAUGGUCUAGGCGACCUCCUGGACGGCAUCAUCGACGACGAGGAGGAGGAGCCGGCCGCCGUGCCGGAGGAGCCGGCCGCCGCGCCGGAGGAGCCGGCUGCCGCGCCGGAGCCGGUGGUCGCGGCCCCCGGCGAGGUCGCGGCGGCCAUCGCCGACGCGUACCGCGAGGACUUCCACCUCGAGAAGGACGUCGAAGCCGAAGAUGUGGUAGACGCCUUCUCUACCAACGACAAGGCCGCUUCAGUCUUACAGGCGGCGGUGCGGGGCCGCUCGGCGCGGAAAGGGAAGCCUUUGUUGGCGGUCGGUGAUGUUGUAGAGGCGCGCUUCGGCGGCGACGACGAGUGGUUCCCCGGCAAGGUUGAUGGUGUGAACGAGGACGGUUCUUAUGCUAUCGCCUACGACGACGGCGACCGCGAGGAGAAUGUACAACCGGCGCUCGUCCGGGCCGUCGCUCCCGACGCUCCUGACGAACCUGGAGUGGACGGCGGCGCGACGGCCUCCCCGCCUUCGGAACCGGCCGAACCAGAGCCGGAGCCGGAGCCAGCAACGGAAGAGGACGCCACCGACGGCGUCUUCAACCUGACGGCGAUACACGAGCGCAAGGAGCUGCCCGCGCCGCGGCGCCUGGACAUGAACGCGAAUGAAGGAGCGGGCGAGAAGCCGCUCCGGAAGCAACAAGCUGAAAAACGGAAACCGCGGCCGCGGCCGUUCUCGGCGGGCGCGGUCCGCGAGAACAAGUCGCCCACCAAAAAAGGGAAGCGGAAGAAGCGGCGGCCGCGGUCAGCGGCCGCGAUGCGGAACCGCGCCUCGGACGCAAGUUAUAUAGAGGGCAUCGUCGCGUCGACGCCGUCGCAGCUGGGGUAUGGGUCGAGAUUGUGGGAUGGUGUCAGAAGGUGGAUCGACGAACGCGAGGCGGAGCAAGCCGCGAGGAGGAUAGCCGAGGACGCGGCGCCGCCGCCGCCGUCGCCCCCGAAGCGUCGGCGGCGGCCGCGGACCGCCGGCGCGCGGCCGCGGACGUCGAACGCUGAUGCCGUACGGCACGCCACAGACGCGAUCUACAAGUCGCCUCCACGAAUCCUCGAGGCGCGACCGCCGCCGCCACUGAUCGCGGGCGCGCCGGCGCCCGCGCCCGCGAAGCGGCGGUCGCCGGAACGGCGGCCGGCGCCCAUGCCGCCAGGCCACCUCAUGAACGGCGUCAUGCUGAAGCUGCGGAAGCCCCCGCGGCGGCGGGCGCGCGACAUCGAGGCGCUCGAGCGGGGGUUCACGCUAAGGAUCUAA